GCCCGGAUGUAGCGGGAGGAGGCGCCGCCGCCAUCUUUGCCCGGAGAGCAGCGAGAGCUGAUCGUGGUUGAGCCCCCCCCGCCGGACCAUCGGUCUCCAUCCGCCCCGCGCAGCCCCCGCCGCCCUCGCCCGACGGACAUGGACGACCGGGAGGACCUCGUCUACCAGGCCAAGCUCGCCGAGCAGGCCGAACGCUACGAUGAAAUGGUUGAGUCAAUGAAGAAAGUAGCUGGGAUGGAUGUUGAACUGACCGUCGAAGAAAGGAACCUGCUGUCUGUUGCAUACAAAAAUGUAAUUGGCGCUAGAAGAGCUUCUUGGAGAAUAAUCAGCAGCAUUGAACAGAAAGAGGAAAACAAAGGUGGAGAAGACAAAUUGAAGAUGAUCCGGGAGUAUCGGCAAAUGGUUGAGACUGAAUUGAAACUAAUCUGUUGUGAUAUUCUGGACGUACUGGACAAACACCUCAUUCCAGCAGCCAACACUGGCGAAUCCAAGGUUUUCUAUUAUAAAAUGAAAGGGGACUACCACAGGUAUCUUGCAGAGUUUGCCACAGGAAACGACAGGAAGGAAGCUGCUGAGAACAGCCUGGUGGCUUACAAAGCUGCUAGUGACAUUGCAAUGACAGAACUUCCUCCAACACAUCCCAUCCGCCUAGGACUUGCCCUCAACUUCUCUGUUUUCUACUAUGAAAUCCUUAAUUCUCCUGACCGCGCCUGCAGGUUGGCAAAAGCAGCUUUUGAUGAUGCUAUUGCAGAACUGGAUACGCUGAGUGAAGAAAGCUAUAAGGAUUCUACACUUAUCAUGCAGUUGUUACGUGAUAACCUGACACUAUGGACUUCAGACAUGCAGGGUGACGGUGAAGAACAGAGUAAAGAAGCGCUGCAGGAUGUGGAAGAUGAGAACCAGUGAGACAUCAAGGCCAAUAAGAGACCCCCAUCUUUGUCCCCCUUCUACCGCACCCACUCCCAUAAGCCCCUCAGUGUCCCUGGGAACCAUCUGAUCUGACGUUUGUGAUGGGUCCCAGAAUUUAGGUUCCUACCCUGUUGGUUUUUUUACACAGUUGAAAAGUUCUUUAAAAGGCAAGAGUGAAUGUCUGUGGAUUUUACUGGUGCCAGCUUUCAGUUUCUUUUAAGACACUAACCGGACUGGCUGCAUAGAGGCUUUUUCUGCAUUCCUGUGUUGUCUUCUGUCAGUGUUGGAGGUGACAUCUGGAAGCCAUUAGAAUUCUAGCAGAGGCUUGCACUGUAGAGUGCAUGUGUUGGCAUUUUUCAUUUUUUAUAAUUGUUUAAACAAUUUUAUAUGAGUGUUUAGAAUUGGGCGUUUAGCUUGAAGUUACCGGUUUCAUUGGGACAGUUCUUGUAGUGGUUUUGCUGUAAAAGAAAAAACAAAAAGCAAAAAAAAAUAUCCAACUGUGCUGAGAUGAUGUUGCUGCAACAGACGGUGCUGGUAACGGUUCAACAAUCCGUGGCUGCUCAUUCUUGCCUUCUCUUUACUUUCCCUCCAAGCAGGUUAGCAUUGAAGGUGGCGUUGAAAGCCUGCAUGUGUGUUCAAUAUUUUUCUCUCCCUCCCCCCUCCCUUUUCGCUAGCUCAACCUCUUUUGUUCAGUAUGUGUAACUUGAAGCUAAUUUGUACUACUGGAUAUCUGACUGGAGCCACAGAUACAGGAUCUGUAUUGUUCUUACUGAAACACAGCAUGGAAUUAACAUUAAACUUAAAUAAAACAACCCUAAAUUAAAAUGA